GUAUGUAAUAGAAAAAUGAUUUCCAGGGAGUGUUGUGUGUUAACAUUACAUUUUAAUUGUUUAAAAUUUUAAAUAAAAAUUGUUCAAUUAGCAAUUCAGCAGAGUGUCUGCCGGUUCGGAUUCCUUCAAGAUAUAUAAUAAGUAUUGAAAACUAACACAACAACAGAAAAAUGUCGUGGGGCAAUUGGCAACCCCCAAGACCCCACUUGACUGUGCCCGGGGUCAUUUCUGCGCCACCGAUCCAAUCCGCGGUACUGCCGAACCCUAUAAAUGCGGCACCAGCAAUAGUACCUCCAGUCGGAAUGCAGCAGUACUCUCCGGAUCAAUGGGCUCAGAUGCAACAACAAAACUGGCAACAAUGGGCUCAGUGGCAACAACAGUACACCCAGUGGCAUCAACAAUAUGGCGCAGAGUAUCAGAAAUCGAUGGGUGCUCUACCAGCAAUUAAUCCUCUACCUAGUGGAGGUGCACCGUUACCGCCGCCAAAUGAAAACAAACCUCCUCCACCACCACCUCCAGACGAUGCUAACAGAUCUGGUCAUUACAAUACAGCUGCUGCGGGCUACAAUAGUGGUCAGAAUAUGGGAGUACCUCCACCAAACUGGCAAAACCCUAACAACAAACGACCCUUGUUAGCAACUCCGGAUCAUGAGGCCAACAAAAGGCAAAUGACUGAACAGUGGAACAGAGGAAUGCAACCAACUCAACCGCAAGUUGCUCCAAAUUUAGAAGAAUUGAGCGAGGCAGAGAAGAAAUUCGAUAAAGAAUUUGCCGCUUGGGAAGCUCAAUUUAAUAAAUGGAAAGAUCAGAAUGCAAAUCAUCCGGAUAAAACUCAAUAUGCCGAAUACGAGAAAAAAUGGGAUUCGUGGAGAAAUUCGCUUCUCGAUAGGCGUGAGCAAAUGAGGAAAAAACGUCUGGCUGUUCAAGCUGCUGCUAAAGAAGCUAAACCUCCUGUAGUUGUGGAACCAGUAAAACCGCCACAAAAUGUUUUCAGUAAACCACCUCCUACUCAUAAUAAUGAGCCUUUGGGCUUUAAACCACCCACCAGCAACAACUAUAUCAGUCAGCAACAACAAGAGAAUAUUGGAAACGACUUUUUAAAAUCAGGUUCUCCCUCCUUGGGAGGCAUUCCAGGAUUGGAUUUAGUUAAAGAUGGCAAUGUGGAUGCAAAUUAUGAAGAUGAUGUAGUUGAAGAACCUAUUAAUGAAACUGCUAAUCCGCCAGUAAAUAAAGGCCCCGAUUUUGAUGCGAUUUCCAAAGGCAUAAAUACAAUUUUGGGUGAUCCUAAAUUGCUAAAUAUUUUAUCUAGAGUUUCGCAAAAUCAAAACUUGGCUGCUGCUAAUGUUGCAUCCAUUCCUCCACAAAUCACUCCUUAUCAGCAGCAACCACAAUCCAACCCUCAUCAACUGCAACCACAAUCCAACCCUCAUCAACAUCAAUCAAACUUUCAAAAUAAUUAUCAACAACAAUCUAGACCAACGAUUAGUCCCUACCCGCAACAACAAUACAACCCUCCACAAAAACAAUUCAACCCUCCUCCACAACAACAAUUCAAUCCUCCUCCGCAACAACAAUUCAACCCUCCUCAGCAACAAUCCAACCCUCCAAGUUUAUUGAGCAUGACAGUAAAACCUCCUCCAAAUAUGAACAACUAUGAUGAUUAUUCGGAGCCUAAUAAUUUCGAUGAUCAAACUCGGACAAGUUUCACUAAUGACCAGGACAUGGGUUAUACUAAUAACUCGAGCAAUAAUGGCAACUAUGGAAAAUACAAUGAUAGAAGGUCAAAUCGGUUUGAGGAUUCGUCAAGCGGGCAAAACAAUUUCAGAAACUCAAACAACGGGCCAGGUUUCAAUAACUCCAAUAAUUAUGGCAGUAACAAUUACAAUAACAGGUCUUAUGAAGAUGAUUCUGGUUACAAGCAAAAUGAUGAUUAUGAUGAACCACAGUACGACAAUCGAGAAGAAGCGUGGCAGGAAGAUGAAGAAUAUGAUAAGUAUCACGAUAUGUAUAAUGAAGAACAAGCGGUACGUGAAAAUCAACCUGUCAAUGUUUUGCACGAAAGUCAAGGUUCCAAUAUUAUGAGUGAAACUUUGAAUAUAACGCCUCCGGAAGUUGAACCUCCGUGUGACGAGUAUGUACCUCAGCUUAUUAUCGACUACGACCAUAAACCACUUAAAGAACCUGAACCUGAAGUGUCUCUUACCAUAACUCGUAUGUUCGACUACAGACACAAGCCAGUAAAUCGUAUCCCGUACCCAGAUAGACCGAUAUGGCUUUCCAGCACUCUAAGAAAUAUCCAGCAAUUUGAUCCGUUGGGUACGAGCAGAUUCAAUAGCGAUUUGGGCUACGACAGAGCUGACAGGAGAAAUAAUCAAGAUUACAGAUAUUCAAGAGAAAGGUUUGCACCUGCAGACAACAGAAUGGAAUGGAACGAUAAUAGUUUUAAUCGGGAAAAAGAUUUUCCUCAUAAUAGAGAUAAUAAUCGACAGACUUCGUCAAGAACUAAAGCUGAAAUAGCUAAACCUUUGGAGCUCGAAGAUUUAUCUGACGAUGAUUUCAAUGACGAUAAAAAUGAAGAAAAUGAAGCACCUCUAAAAUUUUCUCCUCCCCCGCAUAAGUCUGUAGAAUCUCCUUUAACUAUUGAGCCACCGGCAAGAAUGAAUUCAGAAAAAAACAAUUAUUCCUUAAAUCCAGCUAGAAACAAUCCUGAAAAUCCUCCGAGACAUAUUUUUUCCAAAAAUCCUGCAUCUAGAAACACUCCUGAAAAUCCUGCACCAAACAGUAAAAUUUUCAGUCAAAACACCACUUUGGACGAAUUAAUAAACCCUCCGGGCAGAUAUAAGAGACCCAAUAGGAUCGUUAUCAUAUUACGAGGUCCACCUGGUAGUGGAAAAACGUAUUUGGCUAAAUUAAUUAAAGACAGAGAAGUGGAACAUAGUGGUUCGGCCCCAAGAAUUUUAUCUUUGGACGAUUAUUUUAUGGUUGAACACGAAAGAACAGUCGUGGAAGAUGGAAAGUUUGUUAGAGUGAAAGAAAUGGUUUACGAAUACGAGGAAGCCAUGGAAGAAGCAUAUCGGUUGAGUUUGGUCAAGGCUUUCAAGAAAACUAUUACCGAUGGAUAUUUUCCCUUUGUGGUUGUGGAUAAUAUAAAUGAAAAAGUUAAACAUUUUGGAGAAAUGUGGAGUUUUGCUAAACAGAACGGAUUUCAGGUGUAUAUUUGUCAACUGGACCUCGAUCCUGAUUUGUGUAUAGAAAGGAACAUCCACAACCGACCUGAAUCCUACAUAGAGGAUUGUAUCGCUAGUUGGGAGCCAACACCCAAUCAUCAUCCUCUUUUAGACCCAACCAGCUUUUUACAAAGUGUCAGCUCGAUUCAGGAAGUUGAAAUGGAAGAAGCCGACCAGGAUGUUCAAGAAGAAACUAAUGAAGAUGCAGAGGGACAAGCUAGCAGAUGGGACACAUUUGACUGUUCUAUAAACAAUUUGGCAAGACUUGACGGUGUCAGCAAACCCUUACGACCAUCAAGGACUAUGGAAGAGUACCUCCAAUUGGACGACGGUGCAGAGUGGGACGAACCAGAGAAGCCAACCAAACCAGGAAAGAAAAGAGUUCGCUGGGCCGACUUGGAGGAACAGAAACAACAGAGAAAGAUGAAAGCUCUAGGAUUUGUUGUCGGUCACACUAAUUGGGACCGAAUGAUGGAUCCUUCUCACGGAGAAAGUGCUUUGACCCAAACUAAGUAUAUCGAGAGACGAUUUAAGUGAAUAGUUUUCUAUGUUGGGUAAAAACACUUUUAUGCUGCUUUUUUAAUAAAUAAUUUGAAUUUCUAGUAAUUGGUACGUGUAUGAGAGUAGAUUUUAAAACAUAAUUUGCUUAAGGAUGUUCUCUGGUAAUGUUUUUUGUAAUUGAAUGAUUUUUUGAAAAAAAUAUAAUAUUUAAUAAAUAGGUAUAUUCAUUACACUUUGGUUAUACAUAUUUCAGAAAAAUCGCGUUUUUCUAGUUUUUAAAAGGUGAAUUUUUUUGGGUUAUUGUCUACACAGGCUUUUAAAGUAGAACUUUAUUUGUUUCAAUAACAUAGUACAUUACAAAAAAAAAAUAUGCAUACAAGUAGUAAGUGUGAAUAAACCAGUGAUUCACAUAA